UUGACGGCACGGAACGUGCGCUACUGCUCGGCUGAACCACCACUGUGCACCGUUUAACGUUACACCCCCCACACACUGUUCUGAGAUUUAUACGAUUCCGUAGUAAACUGGAAGUCUGGCACGUUACUAGGAAAAACAUCAAAGCAGGUGUCUUCAAAGUGCCUGCUCAUAGACUCAAGUAUGUCAGGGGGAAUCUCUGCUAGCAUAGCCACCAGCAGGCUACGAGCCGAGGGAAUGGGCUCCAACGACCACGCCGUACCCUUCCUUAACCAGGACUAUGAGGCUCUGAGGCAGGAGUGUCUGGAGACGGGGUGUCUGUUCCAGGACCCCUCCUUCCUAGCCGAACCUCCCUCUCUGGGCUUCAAGGAACUGGCCCCCUACUCUGCCAAGACCAGGGACGUGGAAUGGAUGAGACCCACGGAGCUGACAGAUGACCCUCAGUUCAUCCUGGGAGGAGCUACCAGAACAGACAUCUGCCAGGGAGCGCUGGGUGAUUGCUGGCUCCUAGCAGCCAUAGCCUCUCUAACCCUUAAUGAGAGGCUGCUCCACCGAGUGGUCCCUCAUGGUCAGUCCUUCCAAGAGGACUACGCUGGGAUCUUCCACUUUCAGUUCUGGCAGUUUGGUGAGUGGGUGGACGUGGUGAUUGAUGACCGGCUGCCGACGAAGAAUGGAGAGCUCAUGUUCGUCCACUCGGCCGAGGGCAAUGAGUUCUGGAGCGCCCUGCUGGAGAAGGCCUACUCCAAGCUGAAUGGUUCCUACGAGGCUCUGUCUGGAGGCAGCACCACAGAAGGUUUUGAGGACUUCACCGGUGGUGUCUCUGAGAUGUACGAUCUCCGGAAGGCUCCACGGGACCUGUACAGGAUCAUCAGCAAAGCCCUGGACAGAGGCUCAUUGCUGGGCUGCUCCAUCGACAUCACCAGUGCCUUUGACAUGGAGUCAGUCACGUUCAAGAAGCUGGUGAAAGGACAUGCUUACUCAGUCACCGGCCUGAAGCAGGUGGACUACCAGGGUCAGGUGGAGAGGCUGAUCAGGGUGAGGAACCCCUGGGGACAGGUGGAGUGGACUGGGGCCUGGAGCGACAAUUCUCCUGAGUGGGAUGAGUUGGAUCCAACUGAGAGAGAGGACCUGCAUCUACAGAUGGAGGAUGGAGAGUUCUGGAUGACGUUCCAGGAGUUCCUGAGGCAGUUUUCCCGUCUGGAGAUAUGCAACCUGACGGCGGACGCUCUGAGUGAGGACGGCCUCAGCCACUGGAACACCAUCAAGUUCCACGGCAUGUGGAGACGGGGGAGUACCGCCGGGGGCUGCCGCAACCACCCCAACACGUUCUGGAUCAACCCCCAGUAUAAGAUCACUCUGCUAGAGGAGGACGACGACCCUGAGGAUGACGAGGUGGCCUGUAGCUUCCUGGUGGCUCUGAUGCAGAAGGAUAGGAGGAGGUACCGGGGACAGGGACAGGACAUGCACACCAUCGGGUUCGCCAUCUACGAGAUUCCAGAAGAGUACAGGGGCUGUCAGAACGUGCACCUAAAGAAAGACUUCUUCCUGACCCACUCAUCCUGCGCUCGCUCGGAGACCUUCAUCAACCUGAGAGAGGUCAGCAACCGUCUCCGUCUGCCUCCAGGAGAAUACCUCAUCGUCCCCUCCACUUUCGAGUCUGGGCAGGAGGCCGACUUUGUCCUCCGAGUCUUCACUGAGAAACAGUCCGAGACAGAAGAGCUUGAUGACAUCAUAUCUGCAGACCUGGAAGAUGAGGACCACAUCAGUGAAGAUGACGUCGACGAAGCUUUCAGAUCCAUGUUUGCUCAGCUUGCAGGAGAGGACAUGGAGAUAUCUGUCCGUGAGCUCAGGACCAUCCUGAACCGGGUGGUGACUAGACACAAAGACCUGAAGACAGACGGUUUCAGUAUGGAGUCCUGUAGGACCAUGGUCAAUCUCAUGGAUAAAGAUGGCAGUGCCCGUCUCGGCCUGAUAGAGUUCCAAAUCCUCUGGAAUAAGAUCAGGAAGUGGCUGGUCAUCUAUAGAGAAUAUGACAUGGACAAGUCAGGAUCCAUGAGCUCCUAUGAGAUGCGACUUGCUGUGGAGUCGGCAGGUUUUAAACUGAACAACAGGCUGAAUCAGGUCCUGGUGGCUCGCUAUGCUGAGAACGAGGCCAUAGACUUUGACAACUUCAUCUGCUGUCUGGUCAAACUGGAAGCCAUGUUUAGAUCUUUCCAGCAACUAGACAAAGAGGGAGAAGGUGUGGCUGAGAUGAACAUCACUGAGUGGCUUUAUAUGACCAUGUGUGGUUGAAGAGGACCAGUCUUAUCCCAGGAGACAGAACAGCCAAGUGCCCGGCAGAGUGGCUCUUCCCUGGGACCAUGAAGAGCUCCCUAGCCUUACUGUCCUCUGCCUGAUCCUGGACUAUAGGGCUGACCUGUACUGUGCUGACUCAGAUGUUUUAUUUCCACAUUGUCCUUUCCAGCACGGCUCCAGCUACUAUGGUGACAGCAUAACCAGUUCGGUUCAGUUCGGCCCUAUAGUGUGAAUCAGUUACUCCUGCCAAUCUACACUACAGCACGCCACCUCACCCACGCCACCUCAGCCUGCCAAUCUACACUACAGCACGCCACCUCACCCACGCCACCUCAGCCUGCCAAUCUACACUACAGCACGCCACCACACCCACGCCACAUCAGCCUGCCAAUCUACACUACAGCACACCAGAUCACCCACGCCACCUCAGCCUGCCAAUCUACACUACAGCACGCCACCACACCCACGCCACAUCAGCCUGCCAGCUACAUUACAGCACACCCACACCACCUCAGCCUGCCAGCUACAUUACAGCACACCCACUCCACCUCACCUCACCCACGCCAGCUACAUUACAGCACUCCCACUCCACCUCAGCCUGCCAGCUACAUUACAGCACACCCACGCCACCUCACCCACUCCACCUCACCCACGCCACCUCACCCACUCCACCUCACCCACUCCACCUCACCCACGCCACCUCACCAGCUACAUUACAGCACUCCCACCCCACCUCAGCCAACCCCAUAUAGCAGUGAGGGUACUAUUAGCCAUGUAAUGCAGGUUGAGACUGUUCCAAGCUAAAGACCACACACCCCAUGCUACAGAGGUUACUUAGCUAUACAAAAUGUUGGAAUUGUUCGAUAGAAAACAGUCACUGUAGAACUGUAGAUAUGUCUGUAAACAGCAUGGAUCACAGUAUAACUUGUAUUGAAGACAUUAUUUGACUAUGCCCAGUAGAGGGCAGUAUUGACUAGUCUCAGAUCUGGUGUGUUGUUAUCAUGUUACUGCAGUUGUAGAAUGUUACUGUGUAUGAGGAAAUACAGUAUUUUAGUUAUUGAACUGAACACUCAAGUGUAUAACUGAUCUGGCUGAAAGUAUAGCAAAUCAUAGUUUUAUGGGUUUUAAAUAUUUCAUAUUCUGAUAUUAUUUUAGACACUGACCAAGUGGAUUGGAUUUACAAUGCAGAUUAAAGGGAUGGUUGAUGGUUGAUUUUGGGGCAGAUUAAAGGGAUGGUUGAUGGUUGAUUUUGGGGCAAAUUAAAGGGAUGGUUGAUGGUUGAUUUUGGGGCAAAUUAAAGGGAUGGUUAAUGGUUGAUUUUGGGACAGAUUAAAGGGAUGGUUGAUGGUUGAUUUUGGGACAGAUUAAAGGGAUGGUUGAUGGUUGAUUUUGGGACAGAUUAAAGGGAUGGUUGAUGGUUGAUUUUGGGACAGAUUAAAGGGAUGGUUCAUGGUUGAUUUUGGGGCAAAUUAAAGGGAUGGUUGAUGGUUGAUUUUGGGGCAAAUUAAAGGGAUGGUUAAUGGUUGAUUUUGGGACAGAUUAAAGGGAUGGUUGAUGGUUGAUUUUGGGACAGAUUAAAGGGAUGGUUGAUGGUUGAUUUUGGGACAGAUUAAAGGGAUGGUUGAUGGUUGAUUUUGGGGCAGAUUAAAGGGAUGGUUCAUGGUUGAUUUUGGGGCAGAUUAAAGGGAUGGUUGAUGGUUGAUUUUGGGGUAUUAUUAAUCUUACCUUGAGUUGUCUAUAUGGAUUAAUUAUAACUAAAACCAAAAGGAAGCUGUGAGAGAAAGAGUCCAACAUAAUAAUGAAAUCAAGCAAUGCCUACUGUCUAACAAAAUGUCUAACAAGCUGUCUCUGCCUAUAAUGAGACACAGCUCUUAGUGACAUUUCAUAACAUAUUUCAAAGAAGUAGAUAAAAUAUCACUUUUAUUUAUCUCUAUUAUUUCUGAUUCCAUCUAAUAUCCACAUGUUGCUGUUAGAGAAGUUCUGAUUGUAUCAAUCCUGUCUCCAAAAGUUAGUGAUUGUGAAUGUAGGGUGUGCCUUCAAUAAAGACAUGUUCAUGUUAACUAAACUCUUGUGAAU